UCCGCUGGGCGCCGCCGCGGGCGGCAGUGCUGGGUAUCAAUGCUGGUCUAUGGGCGGCGAUAAGGGGCGAUAAGGAGCGAUGAGGAGCCGGAGCGGAGCCCGUGGGGAGUCCCCGCCGCGAGGCACUGCUGCAGCCCUGAGGAGGAGGAGUAGCAAAAGCUCAUCUCAGUUCUGACAGAAAUGGUUUUCCUCUGGAAUCUCCCUGGCAGUGGUAGAUCUGCAGAGGACAUCCAGCUUUAGACAGCUGUGGAAUCCUGGAGAUGAACACAUUUUAUCACAUUUCCUCAGGAAGGUGCUGAACAAGUCACCUGGCUUUGAGUAUGCCUCAUGCAGGAGAAUCCUUUGUUCAGCAGGCAGCGGCACACGGGAGCCUGCUGUGAUCCCCAGAGUGGGGUUGUUGCUGUCCUGGCAGCAUGGCCAGCAAGGAUCCAAGGAACUGCAGCAAAAUGUUCCUUUGGCAAGCAGAGAGCUUUGUUUGUUAACCUCCAUGAGGACUCCAAUGGAUGUGCCAGUGCCUCUCUGUCAGCUUGUGUGCCUGACCUUUCUGUCUACAGCUGUUUGCAGCCUGCCUGAAAGAAUUUUGGAGGGGCUUCCCUACAACCUUCAGAUGGACUCCUACAAUUUCCAGCACAUUUUGUCCUGGCAGGCAGAACAUGACCCAGCUGUGCCAGCAUCCUACAAUGUGCUGUACAGAGACCGCAGGAGCCAGAGCUGGAUGAGUGCUCAGCAGUGUUCAGGCAUUGCCCAGCUCUCCUGUGAGCUGACAGAGGAGUUCAAGGACACAUCCCCUGAGUAUUCUGUACUUGUUCAGAGCAUUGGAGGAGCUCAGAUGCUCAAUUCUUCUGUGCUGCGUUUUGUGCCACUCACUGAGACAAUUCUGGGACCACCAGAAGUGAAUAUCACUUCCUGUCCAAACUGCAUCAAUGUCACCAUAAAGCUGCCAGCCUCUCACUUCAGAGCCAAGGGGAAGCUGCUGUCUUUAAUUGAUAUCUAUGAAGAGCUGGAUUAUGACAUCACACUGAAAUCACUGGAUGGAGAGCAUAAGAGGCCACGGCAGAGAACCACUGAGGAGGUGUUUAGUACUGUCAUUGAGGAAUUGUAUCCCAGCAGGAAUUACUGUGUGUCCGUGGGGGUCACUGCAUCCCUGAACAGGAAUUCUGUCCCCUCCCCCUGGAAAUGUGUCACCACAGACUCGGAGGCUCGGCAAGGGUACCAUGAAGUUGCGGUGGCAGGUGCUGUCUGUGUUUCACUGAUAAUUGCUGCAAUCCUGAAGUGUGUGCAUGCAGCAGGUUUUAUUUCCCCGAAGUUUUCCCUUCCUCAGACCUUGGCAUGCAUCAAGAAGGUGGCCUACUCACCGUGGGUGUCUGAGUCAGAAACACUGGCCUCUGUGGAGAUCAUCCCCAGAGAGGUGAAAAGCAAGGCCAGGCGCUACAGUGACAGCAGUGACAGUGACAGCAGUGACAGCGACAGCAGUGCCCUGUGUGACCACAACUACACCAGGCGGGACAGGCUGGGCAGGGGCAGUGUCCCCCAGGGCUGUGACAGCCGCAGCAGCCUGAGGCAGUACUCGGAGAGCAGCACCUGUGAGCACAGCAGCAGCCAGGCUGGGGACAUGCCAGCUGCUGAGCCACAGGAGCUCCAGGAGCACCCUGGAGGGGACAGAGACACGAGGAGCCAGUUUGGGGACAGCGGUGAGCCCCAGGGGAGCAGCGGGUGCUUCACCAUCAGCCUGCACACGGUGCUGCUGGGAACCCUGGAGCAGGACGGGCACGGCUCUGCAGCUGCUGCCCCAGCCCAGCAGGAUGCAGGGGACUGGCACUGUGCUCGUGCUCUGCAGGAAAAGCUGCUGGAGGACACGGGAAGCGGGCAGGGGACACCUUGUUCUAAUGGCUUCCAUGAGUGGCAAAAGUCCUCCUCUUCCUCUGAGGAAAGCGACUCUUUGGACUCAGACACAGAGCAAGUAACGGGGUACAUGAGGAGAUGAAGAAGGGAGAACUGCUUUUACUUUAUAACGUAGGGACCAGUGUUGUCCAACUUUUAUUUCUGGACUGAACACACAGGUGUUGUCCUGUCAUUAGCAUUGUGUGAGUUAUGGCUCCUACAGAAAGAGUUGGGGGUGUUUGUCUGGGGAAGGAUCCAAAGAGACCUUAGAGCCCCUUCCUGUGCCUAAAGGGGCUCCAAAAGAGGGGCUUUGGAUGAGGGAUGGAAGGACAGGACAAGAAGGAAUGGCUUCAAACUGACAGGAGGGCAGUUCUGGAUUAGAAAUUGUUCUCUGUGAAGGUGGGUAGAGAUAGUUUUCAAGGCCUGGAGGGACAGGAGCCAGGGAAUGGCUCCCACUGCCAGAGGGCAGGGCUGGGUGGGAGAUUGGGAAUUGGGAAUUGUUCCCUGGCAGGGUGGGCAGGGCUGGGAUGGAAUUCCCAGAUUCCCCUGGAUCCCUGGCAGUGCCCAAGGCCAGGCUGGACGCUGGGGCUGGAGCAGCCUGGGACAGUGGAUGGCUGGUCUCCCAGCCAGACCACUUUUACAAUUUUUUUUAUUCUUUAUCUCUGUCACUGGAUUUUUGUGAAACCUGUUCUUCUGGCUGGAUGCUGUAUUUGUGCAGAGAACGUUGGUCAAGUGGAACAUUGAGGGCAGAGACAGGAACACUCAGCUGACAAAAGAGUGGAUCGAGGCAUUAAUACACUUCUCCAAUUUAUUUUUAUAUCAUUUUCUACGAUUACUCAUUCAUAUUAAAAUAUUUUUCUAACAUUUAAAA